CCUUUGCCGAAUCAUGAACAUACCGCAAUUCACUACUGCAGAUCAUCAUGGAAGGCUGUUCCACAGUUGCACGAUUGAGAGGUGACAAAGGCAUAGCCAGAAGCCCAACGCUGGAGGAGUUUUUGGAGGACGUCAGCCAGUCUUCCAGCAGUCAGCCUUCUUUGGGUUCUCAUAGGUCACCGCAUCCCGAACUUCAAAAUGGAGGACCCCCGUCAGCACGAAACACUCAAGAUAUUGGCGGCGUGGACACUUCGCUGCCACCGCCGCUUGAGUCAGCUGGGCCAUUGCAGAGGUCCGAUGCGGGGCUUGAAGGAAUCCAAGUGUCAACGCGCAAUGCCACCGCAAAGAAGAAUCAAGGCUCAGAGAUGUCAUCCCCAACCAGGUCCACUGGAUCGCAGGUGCCUGUGCUGAAUGCCGUGGAAGCUGAGGAAAACAGCUGGUCGGAUCCAUGCCUUCUCAACGACCGUGUGGAUUUGUCUACGACUAUCGUCAACUUGGCUGAAGAGUUUCGGCGUGUGAGUUUCGGCCACCAUGAGGCAUCAUCACCAAGCACUAUCAAUUGCAAAAGAGAAGCCAGGCCUGCAGUUCCGCGACAACAGGAAGAACCCAAGGCCGUCAAUUCAGAGCCAGGGUCAAACCAAUGUGAUUCUGCGGAGGGCUCAAAAGCGGCGUCCCUCCGGACCAGUUCGCCAUUCUUGGGUGAGCCAGUUGCGCGAAAGGACAAGGAUGGAACCAUCGAGGAACGUGUGGGAGCUUUGGCCACUGCGCUUCGCAAUGUCUUCGCAUCAGAGGACUUUGCACCGCUCGGACCGGCCAAAACAUGGCCGAAGAUGAUAGCAGAGGUGCUUACGACGGCUCAGUGGCAGGGCAGGCCAAACUGCAUGGAGGUCGAGCCUGCAGCCAUAGCCAUGGCGGAGCAGCUGCUCAAGUUACAAGGCAAGCCAUGCAACACGGCUUCGCAAUCUGAAGAGGGGCUGCGGGUGAAAGGCCCGAUUCGUGAAGCCUUGGCUGAACAACUGCAAUGGGAAGAAAAGUUGGAGAAGGAGUUGCACAUGGUUCGGCUGCACCAACAACGUUUGGCUAAAGAAAUUGCCUGUGCAAAAGCACGCCGCCAGCAAAUGGAGAAGGAACACAUUGACUUUGUGCCGUUUGCAGCACAGGAGUUGGAGCAGGCCAUGAAGCAGAUGGAGCAAAACCGACGAGCACCUGAAAGCCUCAGGCGGCUUGUUGCUUCCACUGGGGCGAGGACUCCUCCGCAGCGUCGUAAGACCGUCAAGAACAGGACGACUGCCAGACUCCCGCAAGAGACUUUCGGACGCGUUGUUGUGUGACAAUCGGAAAGAGAUCGUGCGAGUGAAGACGGUGCCAAAGCGCCCCUCAGUGGCCAUGAUAGACUGAUGCCGAUCAUGGCCACAAAGUGUAGGACGAUGCCAAGCAGGUCAGGGAAUUCAGGUUCUC